UUAAUCACGUGAUAAUAAUAUCGAAAGCAAACUCAAAUUCUCCUUGAAUGACUAGUAGGGUUAGAGCUGCUGUGUCCAACCACGAAACCAGUUCCAGACACGAAGUCCUUCUCAAACCGCCUGGAUCCAGAUCCAGAUUCAGGAGGAUUAGUUUGGAUGUUUGGGGGUUUUGCUAAGAUGCGUGGUCUUGUUCUCCUGGUCUCCGCCAUCCUGCUGGCUUGUUGCGCAGGACAAGCCUCGACGGAUGGUGUGUCGGUGAAGAUCUUGACCUCUGUGGGUCAAUCGGUCAUUCUGCCCUGCCACGUCCGUGUCGGCGUCAACGACGACGUCCCAUCGGUAGAGUGGUCCAAGGAGGGUCUGAAACCCAACAUCGCCUUCCUGUAUCGGGACGGCUGUGAGACCUUCUCGGAGAAGAAUCCGGUCUUCAAUUACAGGACAAACCUCAUCAUGGACGACCUGAAAAACGGAAACCUCUCGCUUAGGAUUUCCCCCGUGCAGAUGUCCGAUGCGGGGAAAUACACGUGCAAGGCGAUCCGGGGACGGCCCCGGGACAUCGUUACCGUAGAGCUCUCCGUGGGGGCAACCUCUGAGCCAAGACUGGCCGUAGUUCCAGGUGCGGGUGGUGUAGUGACUCUGCAGUGUGAAGCCGACUGCUGGUUCCCGAUUCCUGAGAUAACGCUUCUCGAUGUUCAGGGAAACGUCCUCGAUGCCGAAGAAACCAAGACCCCUCUCGAUCCCAGAACGGGAUGUUACACCGCCACAAGGAGAGCGACUUUACAGACUGCCAACAGGGUCACUUGCAGAGUUCACCAGCCUGAUAUAAACAAGACGAAGUACGCAAAUAUUUACAUACCAGAUGAAUACAUCAGAUCCUGCACUCAAAACACCAUCAUCGCGGUUGUAGUUACCAUACUCGUGUGUGGAUCAAGCUCAUGUGCAUUAACUGCCCUCCUAUGCAAGAAAUGUGGCCACUCUGUGGGGGGAGGUGAAAUACAAAAAAGCCCAACACACAGCAAUGUAGAAGGUCACAACCCGGGUGACCAUGGUGACCACAGUGGAAACGUCUCCACUGAGCAUGUGAUGUCGAACCUUCCCGACAGCGAAAAGAUCCGCCGACUGACCGAAGAGGUGAACCACCUCAGAUCUAAACAAUGUGUUGUGUACCAGCGUGGCCAGCCUACAGUCAACAACAGUCCCUCCAACCAUUCAACAGACGUCUCCGAACCCACUAGCCCUACCCCAGACCCGUCUCCCCACAGGAACCAUCCAAAAGCAGCGACCUCAACCAACGGCAACCGUCCAAAACCUGUCAAAAAAGAGUCAAAACCUGCCGUCUCCAUACAUAUUCCAGCAUCCGGCCCCGACAUCCAGAGUAACAGGCCCGCUCCUCCGAGAGAUAGAGCUGCUGCUUCUUCAGCUCCUUCAGAUGCAACGCAUGUCGGCCGUUCGAAUAGCAUGUCAGAGUCUCGUCCCGGUCCAAACAGCUCCAAGGUCCAACGCAGAUACUCCACCUCAGGCCUGUCCAACCGCUUCACUCCUCUGGCAAAUCUAUCUGAAGAAGAUGCGGAGCCGUUGCUGUAAAUGAGAACGAAUCCGAUUGAGAUCUGAUUUUUUUCCUCUUUUAGAAAAAUCCCAAACUGAGACCUGAGGUCAGAGCUGAAAGAAGAACUCAGUGAUAAAAGACUUCGUUACAAGUAAAAGUCCAGCAUUCAUUCUUUUACUUAAAUAGCCCCUAUUAUGCUUUUUUUGCAAUUUUUCUCAUCUUUAGUUUUUUUUUUGUGUAUGUAAAGUACCAAAAAAAAACACAUUUCACUCCACAUGGAGUUUACUUUUAAACAGACGACACUUUUUGUCAACUGCCUGAA